AUGACGCGUGUUCUUUUUUGCUUACUUGCCCCUCCGUAAAUUUUUUUUGAACAAAAAAGCUUCGAUACAUAAGUGAUAAUUGUUAUAAUAAAAUCUCCAGCUAACUCUGCUUGAUUUUGAACAGCCUGCAUUUUAAAAAAUAAGUCUUCCAAAUUAAUUAAUUUUACAAAUUGGAAUCUUUUUUUGAUAAUUUUACUACAAAAUUUAUAAAUAAAUUUUUUUUAAAAAAAAAUUAACCCCCUUUGUGAGCGAAAUUUUUUUGGCAGCUCAUUGGGGGGAGUUAGCUUUAAUUUUAGGCACUUAUAGCUGGAAUAUAGAAAUUCCACGAACAGUAGGAUACACGGAUACCUUCUAUGAAACAGCUACUGGCAUCCUUGAGAAUUAUUCUUCUCAAUCUACCAACUUGACCUAUGUGCUUGAGCUUCUCGAGAAAUCUGCUGAGAGCAAUAAUGUUGAUGCCAUGACAAAAUUAGGUGAAAUAUGACUAUUCGGGUAUCCUAUAUCUUCUGAUAACCCUGCCAUCUCACCUAAUUAACUUAACUUAAUUAAGAUUAUAGAAAAUCUUGCAAGUAUGCCGUGGGCCUAAUUCACCUCCUUCUUUCACUCUACCAUUUGUUGCCCAGUCUGAGCACAGCCUCUCACUAUGUCGCUCCUCACGGACUAGGGUUUGCAUCGUGAGUCAGGGACACUGGGUUACCAUGCCAAAUGUCAACGAGUUCAGCGUCCAGAAAACUGAAAAAUCGAGUUUUCCAAUCGCCUGCUAGGCCAAAAUGGAAAUUCGUAGCCCAGGAAGCAACGCCUGGUAUAGUGCUAUGAAGAUAUCCCAAUUGACCAGGAGGAACCUUACUGGUGUUUGGCUUCUCUUUCCAACACCGUGCCCCAUCUUCCCAUGAGGUAAACCUUGACCUGCGGUCAGGCUAAUCUGAUAUUGCUCUCCACCAAGCUAAGUAAAAUCUGGCCGUACACACAUCACCUAACGCAUCCUCAUUUCCUCAAGGUCCCUGUGUCACCCCAGCUACAAGUACUAAGUGGGUGGUUGAUUCGCAAAACCAUUUUAAUGCAUGCAUUUCACCUACCAUAUUAAACGAGUCAGGGUACUUCAAGCGAGAUUUAAAAAAGGCGAUUUCAUACUUCAAAAAAGCAAACCAAAAAGGCAGUGCAGAUUCAGCCUUUUUCCUAGCUUUUUUACUUCAGCAAACUUUACUCGUCGAAGACUUUGAUAAAUACCUCCCUGAGACAGUUGAUAUCCGCAAUGUAAUCACAAGCCUUUACCUCAAGGGUUUAGAAAGAGGCUCUCACUUAGUCCGUGCAGCUCUAGCAGCUUCUCACAAGCAAUGUUUAAAUUCCCGACAAACUUCAGCCCCUUCAUUUCUCAAAGAAAAUAUAACCUUUCCUUUUUAUUCCUCCCCAAUUUUCAAUGAUCGCCGAUGUGGAGGUUCAUGUGAAGAAAUUGGAAACUACGCUCUAGCCGUUGCCAGUGAGACUUUAUCCUAUAUUGAUAAAAAUUACAUAGAAGAAAGAACUAUAGGUAGACUUGACAAAGAAGAGCAAAAUAUAUUUGGAAAAGACACAGAAAGAGCUUUGAUGCUGGCUAACAAAAGGUAUGAUGAAUCAAACAAUUAUCAAGGCUAUGCAUCCUUAGGAAACCAUUUCCUAUAUGGAAAUCCUCAAAUUGGGAUUGAAAGGAAUAUCGAUCAGGCUAUUCAUUAUUAUGAAAAAGCUGCUGAACAAAAUAAUGUGCAAGCUUUAGAAAAUCUAGGCAUGGUUUAUUCUCAAGGAAAUAAGGUGAAAAAAGAUACACAAAAAGCUAUUGAAUAUCUGGAAAAAGCAAUUUCUCUUGGAUCUUCACAGGCACUGCAUACAUUGGGAAUGAUGCAUUUGACUGGAAAUGGGGUUGAAAAAGACAUCAAAAAAGCCUUGGAAUAUUUCGAAAGCGCUGCGAAGCUAGGAAAUUUAGAUAGCUUGAAUAGCAUUGGAGUGCUUUAUAUGAAUGGAGAAGGAGUCAAAAAAGACUAUAUAACUGCUGGGCAAUAUUUCCAAGCAGCUGCUAGCUUUGGGCAUGCUCCUGCUUUAUUCAAUCUAGGUGUUAUGUAUUUCAAAGGCCUGGGCGUUCAAAGAAAUUGCCAACUUGCUUUAGAACUAUUCCAGAAAGUCAGAGAAAAAGGUGAACUUGCUCAAAUAAUUCUUCGCGCUUAUACCUUUUAUAAGUCUGGAGACAUCGAAGGAGCUUAUCUUACAUAUAUGUUAGGAGCUGCUUUAGGAUUUGAAAAUGCCCAGUUGAGCUUAGGCUAUAUGUGGGAAAAGGAUCUAGUUCCUCUACACUGUAAAUAUGACAAAACUUAUUGUGCAGCCAGUUAUUAUACUCAGGCUGCACAAAUGCAUCAAUCACCCUGGGCAUUUUAUCGGUUAGGUGAUUUAAGCUAUUAUGGAAGCCAAAAUAUUGUGCCGAACUAUGAAGAGGCUUAUAAAUUUUAUGAAAAAGCAAUGAAUAUUCCUGAAGCAGAGUUUAACAAAGCUUAUAUGCUAGAGUAUGGAAUUGGGGUUGAUAAGGACCUAGAAAAGGCAGAAAAGGAGUAUCAAAGAAUCGUGGAAAAAGCUGCAAAUGGUGAAAUUGAAUAUGAAGCAAUGUACCCAGCAGAAAUUGCCCUGCAUGCUCUGAAGUGGAAGCAAUACUUGAAAGAGUUUCCGAUGUUCGAAAACUUGAUAGAAAUAGUUAGUGAAAUAAUACAAUAA